AUGAACGGAGCGGAUUCUGAGAGAGAAGGCACAACCGUGCCAGAAACACUUAUGCCGCAAGGGUCUGUUCAGCCGGAUGAAGAAAGGGGACAGAUGACGCCCUUUGACGGGGUCAACACCAUACAGCAAGAAGAGCCUCAAGAAUUCGAGAUGAGUAUUGUGGAACAAGUUAUACGUCGAGUAUCCCCUCAAUCCAGUUUCAGCUCGUUGACACCUCCAGACGGCGGAUGGAGAGCCUGGUGCGUUUGCUUCUCUGGCCACUUGGUCUACAUGAACACUUGGGGCUGGGUUAACUCUUUUGGCAUCUUUCAGGCUUACUACGUUGACAAGCUUGGUCGGACGGCGAGCGAAAUCUCGUGGAUUGGAUCCGUUAGUGUCUUUUUGUUGUUCUUUGCGGGCACUCUUACCGGACGGUUGGUUGAUGCUGGAUACUUUCGGUAUGUGUUUACUACCGGUAUUUUGCUGCAGGUUGUGGGCAUCAUGGUUACUUCGGUGGGUUCCGAGUACUGGCACUUCUUCGUUGCUCAGGGUGUUCUUGUUGGGCUUGGGCAUAGCUGCAUUUUCUGUCCUGUUCUUGCGGUGUUGUCGACGUACUUUGCUAGACGACGUGCUCUGGCCAUGGGCAUUGCUGCGUGUGGGAGUGCCACGGGGGCUUUGGUAUUUGCCAAGCCUAGAAUCAAGCCCCGUGGUUCGAACCCCCUAGUAGAUUGGUCUGCCUUUAAGGACGUCGAGUUUGCCUUGUACGUUACGGCAUCGUUCUUCACCUGCUGGGGUGUGUAUCUCGCAUACUACUUCAUCGCUGCGUAUUCACAGAUCGCACUCGAUCCUCCUCUCGCGUACACUGAAUCCCUCGACCUCCUCAUGAUCCUCAACGGUGUGGGUAUCGUCGGCCGUCUGGCAUCAAGCUGGGUCGCCGACCACACAGGCGCCAUCAACGUGUUCGCCCCGCACGCCCUCGCGGCGUCUCUGCUGCUGUACUUCUGGAUGCUGGUGACUGACAAGCCGGGUUUGUACGCCUGGGCUGUUGUAUACGGCAUCAUUGCAGCGGCCAUUCAGAGUUUGUUCCCCACGGGUGUGUCGUUGCUGACACAGGAUCUUAGCAAGAUUGGCGUGCGGAUGGGUAUGGCCUUCACGGUUGCGAGUUUUGCGGCGUUGACGGGACCGCCUAUUGCGGGUGCCAUCAUUGAUGUCGAGGGAGGAUACUAUGGUGCGCAGGCGUUUGCGGGGAGUGUCCUGGCCAUGGGUGGAGGGUUGUUGAUGAUGGCCAAGGGGAAGAAUAUGCGAAGAAUGGGGACAGGAUGGAUGAGCAAGAUUUAA